AUGGCCAACACCACUAUCCUGGCUGCCAACAAGACGGACUGCGAGGAAGUCCUUAUCCCCAAUGAGGUCUUUUUCGCCGUGGGCAUGGUGAGCCUCUGUGAGAACCUUCUGGUGGUGGUGGCUGUGAUCCGAAACAGGAAUCUGCACUCCCCUAUGUACUGUUUCAUCUGCAGCUUGGCCCUCUUCAACACCAUCUCCAGCCUCUCCAAGACCUGGGAAAACGUCAUGCUGGUCUUCUCUGACGCCGGCCACCUGAACUCCCGGGGCUUCUCAGAACGGCAGGUGGACGACGUGAUGGACACCCUGCUCUGCAUGUCCUUCAUGGGCUCCAUCUUCAGCUUCCUGGCCAUCGCCGUGGACCGCUACAUCACUAUAUUCCACGCCCUGCGCUACCACAACAUCAUGACCAUGAGGCGGGCGGGAACCACACUCGCCGCCAUCUGGGGACUUUGCGGCGGCAGCAGCGCGGUGGCGAUCGUCUUCUUCCAGGCAGCCGCCAUCAAGACCUGCUUCAUCGUGCUCUUCCUCACCUGCCUGAUUCUCAUCCUCUUCCUCUACGUCCACAUGUUCCUUCUGGCCCGGCAACACGCCGGAAAGAUCGCCUCGCUGCCCGGCAACUCGCCACGGCAACGGAGCAACAUGAGGGGCGCCCUGACGCUCACCAUCCUCUUUGGUGUCUUCAUCGCCUGCUGGUCUCCAUUUUUUCUCCACUUGCUGAUUGUCACAGUGUGCCCUCAGAACCCGUAUUGUGAGUGUUACCGGUCCCUGUUCCAUGUCCAUCUCAUCUUAUUGAUGAGCCACGGGGUCAUUGAUCCGGCCAUUUACGCGUUCCGCAGUGCUGAGCUCCGGAGUACCUUUCGGAAGAUGUUCUGCUGUUCUGACUCAAGGAUGUGCAGCUGCUUUGUUUGA